AUGCUCGAGUAUUAUAUGCAGCGUCUGUGUCGCUUACGACAUCAUGUCAGCACGGAGUGGCCAAACUCGCCCGGCAUCUGGAACAGCGCGCAAGCAGCUGGGUGGAAGAGGAUCGUCGACGCUGUGCACAAGGAGGGCGGGCGCAUGUAUUGCCAGCUUUCUGGACGUGUAUCGCACCCCGAAGCGCCUCACCAAAUUGCAUCUGGAGAGGUGAGCGCCGCCUUAAACUGCGAAUAUUUGUUUUGCCCGACGGAGAUCCCAGACCCAAUGAAGAUCGUAGAGUUGUUCAGGAUUGCUGCAUUGCACGCGAAAGACGCCGGAUUUGAUGGUGUCGAGAUCCAUGGUGCUAACGGCUACCUGAUCCAUCAAUUUAUGGAUCCCAGCGCAAACCAGCGUACCGAUAAGUGGGGUGGCAGUCCGGAGAACCGUGCCCGGUUCCUUCUGGAGAUCUUGAAAGUCGUAUGCGAGAUCUGGGGUCCGAACGUUGGACUCAAGAUAAACCCUGGGGGCGGAUACAACGACAUGGGCUUUCCACUCGACGAGACCAUCGCGUCGUUCGGCUAUCUUCUCAACGAGGUUGACAAGAUGGGCCUUGCCUACGUCUGCAUCCUGCAGUACCUCGAUUACUUCGAUACCGCCAAGCGCGGGACGCCGCACGACGUGUGGGCGCUCGAGUGGGUCGAGAGCGGGAAAUAUCCCGCGGUUUUCAUCGGCAUCCCGUGGAUCUCGCACCCAGAUUUGACCCGCCGCGUCAAAGCUGGAAAGCCGCUCGACAAUCCCUUAGACGGUCCGCAUACUCAUGGCGGAAAUUUUGAGCCGUCGAUUGGGUACUUGGACUACCCUGAAGCCACGUAUGAUUAA